CCGGAAGUGACAGUGCCGUGAUGGCGGCGGGCUUGAUGGCGGCUGAUUGUUGCAGGUAGAGACUGAAGAAAAGCCUUUAACCGCAGCGGAGCUCCUCUCUUCCGUCCGCCUGGGAACCGGGACUUUUAACGGGACAAACCGGGAGUUCMUGGCGGAUCGACGGGAUUCUACCGGUUGUGGGACUUUGUUUAAUUUGAUCGGACCGGGGCGGUUCGGAGUGUUCGCCUCCACCGCGCGGCUCGCUGCCUGGCUGGGGCUGCCUGCCUGGCGGCUAACGUCGGCUCCUGCUGCUCGCGGUGGCCCAGUCCCGGAGAGGAGACCCGCUCCGUCCGUUUGYAGGGGAUUUCUGGACCGCGAAGCACCGAUGUUCCGGACGUCUAACCCCGUCAGUUUCGUAGACUUUUCCGGGGGGUCCAACCUGCCAUUUUGUCUAAAACGCGAGCGGCUCCGGGGAUGAUCCGACCCGGAGGGAAAAGUUGUCACCAGGCCGCCUAAAAGUUCCAGUUCCGACUCGGAAAAGUUAAAAAAUAUAUAAAGAACUGAAACAAACAGAGGAGGACAAACCUUUAUUUAGUUCUUUAUUUAGUUUAUUUUAAUCCUAUUUUUUAUUUUUAUUUUUAUUUUUACUUCGGAUGCUGAAGAAUUUGUGCGCAAGUGCAACACCCCCCCCUCCAUCCCGGAGCUCCAUCCUCCAGACGCCCUCUCCUAUUUUCGGCUUGGAUUUAGUUGUGCGGAUCGGUACCAUGGUCUAACCCGGAUCUGUUCGGGUCGGGUCCGUUUUGUGGAAUAAGUUCUGUUUUUAUUUUAUUUUUAAUUUCUAAGAACGAUGACAGCGGAGAGCCAUGGUUUCCCUCCGUUAUGAGCUCACGUAGAGCGGAUUUAUGGAGACAUGCCGAGGAAGGAGCUGCCACUACCGGACGGUUGGGAGGAGGCCAGAGACUACGACGGCAAAGUUUACUACAUCGACCACAAAACCCACACCACCAGCUGGAUCGACCCCCGAGACAGACAAACCAAACCUCUGACGUUCGCCGACUGCAUCGGAGAUGAGCUUCCUGUCGGGUGGGAGGAGGCGUACGACCCCGUCGUCGGAGCGUACUAUGUGGACCACAACACCAAGAGCACCCAGCUGGAGGACCCGCGGGUCCAGUGGCAGCGGGAGCAGGAGGCCAUGRUGCGGGACUACCUGUCCGUGGCCCGGGACGCCCUCAGCGCCCAGAAGGAGCUGUACCAGGUGAAGGAGCAGCGCCUGAGGCUGGCCCAGCAGGAGUACCAGCAGCUCAAUGACACCUGGAGGGACAAGUCCAAGUCCCAGACCAGCUUGAACUCCAGAUCGUCCUCUUCCAGCAAAUACGACCCAGAGAUCCUCAAGGCAGAAAUCUUUACGGCCAAAAGUCGAGUGAACCAGCUGAAGUUGGACCUGGCCUGCAUGAAGCAGGAGCUGCAGAGUAAAGAACAAGGCUUCCAGACUCUCAGAGAGAUCAACCAGAAGGUGUCCAACAGUCCGCACGGCUACAAGCAGCAGGAGGCGCAGGCCAUCCUGAAGGAGGUGCGCUCCAUCAGAGACACCAUCAGCUCCGGGGAGAAGGAGAAACAGGAGCUCAUGCAGAAACUGGCGGUGUUAAAGGACGGGUUCCAGCUGGAUUCUGGUUCUCAGCAGGAGCUGUGGAGCAGCAGCCCCUCUCUCAACGACUCGGAGACGUCCAUCCCUCGACUCUACUCCGACGCCUGCUCUCAGACUGACGUCCCCGCUGAGUUUGUGAGCGGCACCAACAAACUGGCAGAGAAAGUUCGUCUGAGCCUGAAGUACGAGGAGGCCAAGAAGAGGAUCUCCAACAUCGAGGUGCAGAUCGCCAAACUGGACAGCGAGGCGUGGCCGGGGCUGCUGGACCCGGAGCGGGACCGCCUCAUCCUGAUCAACGAGAAGGAGGAGCUUCUGAAGGAGCUGCAGUACGUCGGGCCCCGGCAGCGCCUGGAGCCCGACGACGCCGAGAAGCUGGAGACUGAGAAGAAACGGCUGGAGAGGGACCUGCAGGCCGCCAGGGACAACCAGAGCAAGGCUCUGACCGAGAGGCUGAGGCUUCACUGUAAGAGGAAGGAACUGGUCCGAGAGCUGGAGGAGAUGGUGCGACUGGCCACGACGCUGCACACCCAGCUCAAGAGCCUGUCUGCCAGCACACUCUCCUGCUCGUCAGGCAGCAGUCUGGGCUCGCUGACGUCCAGCCGCGGCUCUCUGGCGACCACCUCCAGCCUGGGCUCCUCCUCCUCGCUCAGCUUCAGCGACAUGUACCUGGAGCAGCCCGAGCUGGCCGACCCGGAUCUGCGCGCCAAGCUGGAGAGUCUCCUGCAAGACGGCGCUCAGGGAGGCUACCGCCCCUCCAGCUCCAUCACCACCAUACACGAGCACGAGGUGGUGACUGGCUGCGGCGGGCGGCGAGGGGCCGGGGCCGGGGGGGAGUCCUCCAGGAUCCAGGCGCUCAAACUGUCGGAGACGCCUCGCUCCAUGAGCUCGCUGUCGUCCCGCUCGUCUCUGUCCUCGCCGUCCCCGCCGUGCUCGCCGCUCGUCUCUGACGUCAGCUUCCUGUCGGGGGAGGUGCUUGCGGGCCAGACGGGGCCCGGCGGGCUGGACCUGGAGCUGCGCAGCCGACUGGCAGAGCUGGAGCUGGACUCUGAGGAGCAGCGGCGGGAGGAGCAGAACCACAGCAACGCUCUGAACGAGCAGGGGAAAGCUCCACAGCGUAAAGGGGUGGGGCCAAAGAAGAUGGGCGUGACCUCUGCGGUCUCGGACGAGUCUGUGGCCGGCGACAGCGGAGUUUACGAACCGUCGGAGCGAAAGCCGGGGCUUCCUGCAGACCUGUCCUACGAGGAACGGCUGACCUCCGGCUGCGCUCAGGUGCAGCUCGGCUUCCGCUACGAGACCCGGGAUGAACGCUUCACCGUCUACAUCCUGCAGCUCUCCAACUGCAGCGCUCUCUGCCUGCCGGCUGACCAGGACAUGUACGUGCGCCUGGCGGUGCUGCCGUGCCUGCAGGCGUCCCGCUGCCUCUUCCGAACGCGCGGCUCGCUUCUGCAGGACGCCGUGCAGAUCAACGAGGUGUUCGGUGUGCAGAUUUCCCACAGCGUGCUGCGGCAGAAGACUCUGAGGGUGGACGUCUGCGGUGCGGGGCGGUCCGGCCUCGAGGACUGUCUGGCCGGGGCUCAGAUCAGCCUGGAUGACGUCGGCUGUUCGGAGGAGAGGAGCACCAAGUGGUACAACCUGCUGAGUCGCCUCUACAUGCCCGACAUCAGCAGCAAGGAGGGGGAGAGCAGGGCGGCCCGCGGCUCUGAGAGGGCUCGUGUCGAUAGCAGCGAUGCAGUUGGACCUCAGGACGACGGGGACUGGCGUGGUGAUUCUCUGGAGGCAGAGGUAUUCCAUGAUGAAGGAGGAAAUGGAGAUGUAGUCGAAGAUGAGUUUUACCCUGAGAGCGGCCAGGAGGAAGAGGAGGAGGAUGAAGAGGAGGAGGAGGAACYUAUUGUGACCAAACCAGCUCCGUUAGCAGCACCCGUCAAAGAGAAGGUGAACAAGGAGACCAGCGUGGACGGCCUGUCCUCGUCCCGUCUCUGCUCCGCGGUCCGACCCAAAGAGCGGCGCCCGGACGUCCGCCAGCAGAACGUGUUCCUGAGGGGCAACACCAUUAUCCGCUCCAAGACCUUCUCCCCCGGACCUCAGAGCCAGUACAUCUGCAGGAUUAACCGCAGUGACAGCGACAGCUCCACCCUCUCCAAGAGGUCCCCGUUUGUCAGGAACGCCUCGGAGAGACGCAGCAUGCGCAUGAAGAAGCCUCCUGUCCAGGUCAAAGGUCUGGACGGUCUUCUCCGCACCUCCCUGGACCUGGAGRUGGACCUGCAGGUGUCRCGCACGCGGCAGGCCCGGCUGGAUCAGGAGCUCCGGGUCCUGCGGGAGCUGAAGUCGCAGAUGGAGAAGGCGAGGCAGCAGGGCCAGAGGCAGCUCCCUGCCUGGGUCCAGGAYGACGAGCGGUUCCGACUCCUCCUCAGGCAGGCCGAGAAACUGACGCAGGAGGAGCAGCUGCAGGAGAAACGGGUCGAGAAGAUGAUGAGAGCUGCGGCCAAGGACGUCCACAAGAUCAGAGGACAGAACCGCAAAGAGGUCCCUGAGGUCCAGACCUUCAGAGAGAAGAUGGCGUUCUUCACACGAGCCAAGACCUUCAUCCCCGACCUGCCGUCCGACGACGUGUAGAGAAACAUUUCAGAGGACUUUUGCCUCCUUGGUCUGGACCUGCGCUGCGGCAGAGUCAUGAAGAAUUCAAACCGGCGGGCGUUCAGGGAAACGGUUAAGAAACCCGUCUCUAAGGGAGCUCUGAGGCGCAGCACGGCGCCGCUUCGGCUCUCCGUCACGUUUAAAAUCAUUCCAGCAGAAAUCACAAAACUAAACUGACACAGAAACCAGCACAGGAUCAGAAACGGUACUAAAGCUAAGAGAAUAUCUGUAAGAUGUUUAAAAUUCUGUUUUUAGAGCGUUUAGAAAACUUUAUGCAAAUGUACAAGCACACGGUUUUUAUUGUUUAUUUUCACUUUGUUUUUCUCACGAAAACAAAUCUGAGAGUUUCUCCUUCAGCAGCUGCUGGAGUUUAACGAGAGUUUUCAUCUUUAAGACUUUUAUUUUUKACAUCCCUUUGAGUAUAAGAAAACUACAACUCCCAGGAUGCAUCUGGGUAGGAAAUGACGUCAUUUAAAAAUGAUGUUUUGAGUGGUUCUUGUCCCACUUCAGAACCAGUUCAGGUUCUUAAAGACGGGUCUAUAAGUCUGAGGUUAUUUUCAUUCAGCGUCCAUCUCAGUAUUCAGUUUUUUAAGGUUUGAUCUGGACCAGAGGCUGAGAAGGUUUUUGACUUGUUCUGGACCGGAAAAGUGUAUUUUUUUUUUUUUUUUGCUAGAUCCUAACGGGUCAAAAGAAACCUGAGGGACAGGAAACUUAAGGAGCCUCCAGAACCAUUCUGCACGUCAGCCAUGGAGCUCUGCAGGUGCCGUAACUGUAUUCAAUUUUAUUUUAUUUUUUAAAUCUGUUAAUCCCGUUUACAUCAGAGAUUUUUACACAAAUUUUCGUUUGAGAAACGAUGACUCAGCAGAUAUUUUUGAGCUCCAGAAACCAGAACAACAGAGCAGUUUUUACCUUUGUUUUUUACUGUUUUCUGCCACCGUUAAACUUUAUAGUUUAAUUGUAAAUUAUGUCAAAGUUUAAAAAAGGCUUCCUUUAGUCGAGAUAAGAUGUUUUUUCUGUAAAAUCAACGUUCUCAUCAAUUUGUGGCCCGGCAGAUGUUUUUUGGCAUUUCAAUUAGAAAGUUUGAAAAGAGAAAUGAAUUAUUAGUUGGAAAGYAUUUAUCAGGAUUUUUUUUAGACGACGACUGAAAAAUGUACCCGACACAAACCUAGAGCUCUCAGCGGCCACGGAACAAGGUUUAGUUUUUAUUUUUAUGUCUAAAAGCAUCAAAACAAAUCAUUUUAUUAGGGAUAUAGUUUUUAAAAACUUAUACAAAAAAACAAAUAUUUUUUUACUGCUUGAGUCUCAAGUUAUUUUUAGAUCUCUAUAAAGAAAAAACAGGGAUUUAAAGAAAAAUUUAAAAAWUUUUCACAAUAAAAGCUCUGGCUACAUGCUCUUAUUGUGACGUUAGAUGCGUGGAUUAAAUUUUCCUGUACUUGAAGAAACCAGAAAAACUUAUUAGUGACAUUUUAGAGUAAAGUCUUAACAAAAUAAAGUAAAAUCCACUUUAAAGCAAAAUAAAAGCUUAKAAUUUAAGCUGCAGUUCCCAUCCUUGACCAGAGGUGGCGCCAAAUCUUAAAGAUCGAAACUCUCGUUUCUUCAUCAGAACCGAGCCGCCGUGGUUUCACACAAACAGAACAUCUUCUAGAGAAUAACUGGAAUUUAUUUUCUAAACUUUUAGUAGAAAGUUUUCUAUUUUUAAAUGUCCUCACGAUUAUCUCUAACCGGUUUAUUAAAGUGUAGAAACACUAACUUCACUAACACUCAGGUAGUCGAUCGGAUAGUUCGCACUUUAUCAAAAUUAAAAUAUAUAUAAAAAUAAACUUGAUGAGGGAUUCUGGGAUUAAAAACAGAACUCCCAGAAUCCUUUGCAUCUGGCUGGAAUGAUCCCUGAUGGUUGAAGCACAGGAAGUGAAGACGUUUUAAUGACUGUGAUUGAUGGAAGCCGUCAGCCAAUAGGACGACAGAAGCUUUUAUUUAAAGAGCCCGCCCUUUUCUGUGAUUGUUUUUUUAUUUUUCAGUUUUUGCUUCUCUUUGCUGUAACUGGAUACAUAUCAACUGAACAUAUCUGUUUAUGUCCCCAACACAAAGUUUCUGUUUACCUUUAGAUUUGAAAGCUGGCGCCGUUACAGUUUCAGUUCACUUCGGUCUUUUUUCUGUUUACCCAUUCAACAACCAGCAAAGGUUUAGCAGCCGAAAUUUCCCUCGGGAGCCACAGACGUAGCUGCUGAAUGUUUGUUUGCCUUUUUAGCUGUUUCAGCUCCCCGAGGCUAAAAAUAAAUAAUUAGAGAGUAGAGACGUAAAAAACUGACAUUAUGCUGCUUUUUUUCAAAACCACAAGUCUGAUUUAACGAGCCGACAGAAACCAGCUGCUACACUCAUUCCAGGUGUUUUUGUUUUUUUUUACAUCAGCGGCAGCAAAGAAACACAAACUCUUCAUUUUUAUAGUUUGAUGAAUGAAUACUGUUUUAUGAAAGGUCUGGAUCUGUCUGAGGAGACGACGCCACGAUCCCGAGUUUAUUUUUAUAAUGUUUUCUCGUCCCAGGAGCUCAUAAACUGGACUUACAUUCAAAUCGCUCUCCUUCCCCUCCCUCCUCAGGGUCUUUAUGGUUUUAUUUAGUGGUCCAACAGGAAAUCCAUACAUAGAAGAAAACAUCCUAACGUUGUAGGRUUGAUUAAAGAUGAGGUGAUGACAUCACUGUUUUCAAAAA